CCGUCGUGGGCAAUCUCGAAUCGACAAAGCGAACUCAACACCUAACAGUUUUUUUGUCCACCACAGACCUGCCAAAGCAGAACCGAGGGCAGCCUAUGCUCUUUCACCGUCGAUUGCGAUAGCAAAAUCCGAAAUCAGCGCCCCUCAUACCCUCGAGCAUACGGAAAAUAUCUCCUGACAACGCCAAACCAAACCUUUGAAACAAGGUCAAACCUCACCAGUGCGACAGACUAGUGCACCACCAAGACAAGAUGGCGACCGCGUCGCCGCAACAAGCCUCACACACACCAACCUCCCCGCUCGCCUCACAACUCCUCUCGCACACCUACCCAUCCUACACCUUCACCUUCACCCCGUUCCUCCAACGGACCUACCAGCACAGCCUCCCCGCCGAUCGGCCCAUCUGCAAAGCAUACCAAUCUGGCAACUGCCCGCUAAAAUCCCACUGCCCCGAGCGGCACACGGGCCCAACCAGCAACCAAACACAGCGCGAUGGCGGCGGCGGCGGUUUCGGCUCCCUAGUCUGCAAGCACUGGCUGCGCGGACUCUGCAAAAAGGGCGAAACAUGCGAGUUCUUACACGAGUAUAACCUGCGCAAGAUGCCCGAGUGCAACUUCUUCGUGCGCAACGGCUACUGCAGCAACGGCGACGAGUGUUUGUAUCUGCACAUCGACCCGUCCUCGCGCCUGCCGCCGUGCCCGCACUAUGACCGCGGGUUCUGCCCGCUGGGCCCGCGCUGCGACAAGAAGCACGUCCGCCGGCGGUUGUGUGUCUAUUACCUCGCCGGGUUCUGCCCCGACGGCAAGGCGUGCAAGGAGGGCGCGCACCCCAGGUGGGUGCCCGACGGCGAGCUGGAGAAGCCCAAGGCUAGGGAGGAGAAGAAGAAGGAUGAGGGGGCGAGUGCUGGGGGUGGGUUGGAUGGAGGGGAUCAGGAGCGGGAGCGGGAGAGAGAGAUGCAGCAGGAUCGGGCGGGAAGUCAGGGGGAGAGGGGGCAUGAUGGGCGGGGACAUAAGGAUCGGUUUGGAGGAGGAAGGGGGGAUAUUGGUCUGUCUCUUCCAGAAGGGAGUAGGCCUGCGUAG